AUGAGAGAAUUACCUUCACAUUUCGUAAGGGUAGCUGAGACCUCGGAAGACAUACAGAGAUGUAUGAACAUCAGGAAGGAAGUUUUCAUAUACGAGCAGGGAUACGAUAUACGUAUAGAAACGAAUGAAGAUGAUGCCGAAAGUACACAUUUCCUUUUACUUCUGGGAGAUAAUCAAGCAAUAGGGACGGUGAGAGUCAUAAAUUCGAAUGGUCAACUCGGUAGAUUUGCUAUUCUCAAACCAUAUCGAGGUUUGGGAUUAGGUAGACCGAUGAUUCAAGCUGUGCAUGAUUACGUGCAAUCAGAAGGAGGGAAAGAAGUUUGGUGUCAAAGUCAAGCUGGAGAUCCAACAAACGGUGGUGUGGAUGCUACUGGAUUUUAUAGAAGAUUAGGGUAUGUCAAUAGAGGAGGAAGAUAUAUGAAAGAGGGAACGGAACAUCAAGAUAUGGUGAUCAGUUUAAUACCUUGA